CAGUGUGUGAGUCGGGCUGUAAACACGGAGAGUGUGUUGGUCCAGAUCAGUGUCUCUGUCAUCCAGGAUACACCGGCAAGACCUGCAGGCAGGAUGUGAAUGAGUGUGCGUUCCGGCCCUGUAAGCACAGAUGUAUGAACACUCUGGGCAGUUAUAAAUGUUAUUGUCUGGAGGGCUUCAUGCUGACGGCCGACGGCUCCUGCAAGAAUACUCGGACGUGUGCGAUGGCGAACUGUCAGUAUGGCUGUGCGGUGCUGAAAGGAGUGGUCAGGUGUCAGUGUCCGUCUCCGGGUUUGAAGCUGGCUGUGGACGGCAGGACGUGUGUCGAUGUGGACGAGUGUGUGUCGGGUCUGGCGUCAUGUCCGCGGUUUCGUAAGUGUGUGAACACAUUUGGCAGCUACGUGUGCAGAUGCCAUGAGGGAUUCCACCUGCAGCACUUCAAUGGAAAAUACCACUGCACAGAUAGAAAGCUGUCCAUCUGCUCCGACAAACCCGGACACAAGAAGUGCAAAUGUACAGCGAGUAUUAGCGGGAAGGGCUACGACUGCAAGUCCGUUGUUAAGGUCACUAUUGAGCCCGCAAAACCAGUCACAGUCAGCCCGACAACCAUCUCUAUGGCAACAACGUCCAUGACAACCACUAAAGUACAACCAAAAACAACAAUCACCAUGGCAACAACUACCGCACAACCCACAACAACAACAACAACAACCAUGGCAACAACUACCACACAACCCACAACAACAACAACAAUAACCAUGGCAACAACUACAGUACAACCCACAACAACAACCAUGGCAACAACUACAGUACAACCCACAACAACAACCAUGGCAACAACUACAGUACAACCCACAACAACAACCAUGGCUAGAACUACAGUACAACCAACAACUACAGCACAACCCACAACAAUAACCAUGGCAACAACUACAGUACAACCCACAACAACAACCAUGGCAACAACUACAGUACAACCCACAACAACAACCAUGGCAACAACUACAGUACAACCCACAACAACAACCAUGGCAACAACUACAGUACAACCCACAACAACAACCAUGGCAACAACUACAGUACAACCCACAACAACAGCCAUGGCAACAACUACACUCAUGCCUACCACUGCUGUUAAAAAAGUAAAACCAACUACUGUUGCAACUACAACAAACACAAUCACAACAACAACGCCACAGAUGAGCUCUACAACACUAGACAACCACAUCCACAGAGAGAGUACAGCCAAACCCAGAGGAGACGUACACAUUCCGCGGUUCGAGAACAGCCUGUUCGACUGGGACUUUGACAUUGAGCUGGGAAACACGGGAGAAUACACACGAGACGAUCCAGGUGCUGGUGUGGUGAGCUGCUCAUUUGAUGAUGGAGUGUGUGUGUGGAUGACGGAUACAGAAGGAGAUGUGAGCUGGGAAAUUAAGGAUGAUCCGUCUGGUGGGCGGUACCUUUCAGUCCCCGAGGCUACAAACAGACGAAGCAUCAAAGGGGCGCGGCUUACAGUGUCACUGGCUCCACCCACAAAGGUGUGGCAGGGCGGCGACCUCUGCCUGUCGUUCAAACACUGUCUCCAUGGACACCACAUUGGCUCGCUGCAGGUGUUUGUCAGGAAGGGGCGGAGUCACAGUCCAUCCAUCUGGACCAGGACUGGUGGACGCGGCUGGAGACACACCCACAUCACACUGUGGGGGCGUGGCCUUGUUGAUAUCGUGCUGAAGGCAGAGCGACGGCGAGGGAAACAUGGAGAGAUCGCUGUGGAUGAUUUCAGUCUGAGACGAGGAGCCUGUGAAGAUGGACACAAGCAGACUGAGUGACACACACACACACACACACACACACAUACACGUUAUAUGGGGACUGCUGUACAGACUGUAUAUUUGGUCAUCUUCAUCUUCUAAAUCAACCCUCACAGAGAAAACACUCUGCAUUUGUACAUCUUCAUGAUCCUUCAUUCUGUCUGAUUCAUGAGCUGUUUCAUCAUGAGGCCCAAAACACUUAACACACAUCAAAAAUACUGGUACUACUAUACUUGUGGGGACAUUUGGUCCUCAUAAUGUGAUAAAUACCAGAAGUUCACACAUCUACACACGAACACACAAAGAAACACUUACACAAACAUACAUGUACACAAACACACAUCAAAACAACACAUACACAUCUACAAACACACACACACACAUCACAAGCACCUACAUAAACACAUAUGCAUUCAAACACACAUCUACAAACACACACACACACACACACACACACACACACACACACACAUCACACACAAACACCUACAUAAACACAUAUGCAUUCAAACACACAUCUACAAACACACACACACACACACACACACACACAUCACACACAAACACCUACAUAAACACAUAUGCAUUCAAACACACAUCUACAAACACACACACACACACACACACACACACAUCACACACAAACACCUACAUAAACACAUAUGCAUUCAAACACACAUCUACAAACACACACACACACACACACACACACAUCACACACAAACACCUACAUAAACACAUAUGCAUACGAACACACAUCUACACACAAACACACAUCUAU